AUGAUAAGUCUCAGAGGAGUGUUAUCUGUGAUGUUGAGAAGCGCCUUCAUAGUCGCUUUCCUCAGCAUUCCUAACCCCAUCGUGGCCUUCACAGGCUUCAAGAAUUGGUCCAGAAAAGCAAUAUACCACAAAAUUGACCUUUGCACACAAGCCUGCUACAGCCAGAUAGUUCCUGGCCUCUACCUCAGCAAUGCAAGAGCAGCCUGCGAUAAAAAUGUUCUCAGACGCCUCAAUAUCACCCACGUGCUCACGAUUGAGGCGCAUCGCCUUCCAAAAUCCACUUUUGCAGAUACCGACAUCAGCACGCUCUUCAUUAGGGCCUACGACACUCCUCAAACCCAUCUCCUGCCCUACUUCCCUAUGGCAAAUGCUUUCAUCGAUGAAGGACUGCAGAAGGGUAACGUUUUGGUCCACUGCCAUUUCGGAGUAUCCCGUUCCGCCACGCUGGUCAUCGCAUAUAUUAUGGAGAAGUACAAGCUGACCUUUGAGCAGGCGUUCGUGUAUGUCCGACAGAGGCGAAGGUUCAUCAACCCAAACCCGGGGUUCGUGAAUCAGUUGCGAGAGUACCAGAGAUUGAAUUACGACGUGAAUGGAUUCUACAGGUUCGAAGCAUACAUGAACGUGAAUGCCCGAAAGCACAAAUACAAAAUUGCAUCUUUAGCUGCUGUCGUCGUCGGCAUCCUUGUACCUCUUGCUGUGUUAGUCGGUUAA